AUGACGGACAACCCGCUGAGCACAGAGAGGCUUCUCAAGCACAUGGCAAACGCGCUGCCUACCCACGCCAAAGAUGACACCAACUCAGACCUCAGCAGCUCCUACGAAGCCAUUGCGCUCUUCUCCCACGCCUGUAUGGUAGCCGUAGGAUUCCGACUAAUCGGCUUCGGAGAGGACCAAAAGAUGGAAUCAGAAUGCGAACGUCUCGCCCCACGACUGGCACCGCGAUGGAACUCCUCCUUCGGAGCUCAUUCUUUCCUCUACGCACAUUCCCAGUCCUCGAUGCAAUAUGUCGUGAAAGUAGACCGGCUAGGAGGGAAAGCAGAGAUCCGGGGUAUUGGACUUGGGGAUGAGAGGAUUAGCCGGUUUGAAAUCACAGCGAAGGAUUAUAUAUCUUCAUCGGCUUUGCCGCUGAGGAUUAAAAUGUCGGAUGGGGAAGAGGAUCGAUCGGAUUUAGAGGCCAAGUUAAAAGAGGUGUUUAUCUCCCCGUCGCGGAUUCAAGACCUCGCCUCCCUCUUCCGCACAACUAUAAUCCAAAAACUCAUACCAGGCCUCCACAAAGAAGGCUACGAAGAGACCCCCUCCGCCGGCUCAGCAGAAGCCUCCCGCGCCCACGACGAACGCGAAGAAGCCCACGCCCGCCGCAACCCCCCCAUCAACCCCCUCGCCGACCCACGACUCCCCGAACCCGCACGUCCAUAUCCAUUCCACGACCCCCUCGCCGCCGAUCCGCGCCGGGGCCCUAUCCCACAAGGUGAUUUCCCGCCCCCGGGCUUCGACGACGAGUAUGAUUUGAAUAGACCACUACGAGGCAUGGCGCCGCCGUUCCCCGGUGCCGGAUCGCCGUUUAAUAUCGGACAUGAUGAUUUGAAUCCCCCUGGUUUGGGGCCUCAUGAUCCGUUAAGGGGGAGUUUUAUCGGUGGCGGUGGGCCUGGGGCGAUGGGUGGGGGAAUGCACCCUACGUUUGACGAUCCGCUGUUUAGAGGUCCGGGAGGUAGAGGAAGAGGCCAGGGAGAUCCGCAGGUGCCGCCUGGGGCGAGGUAUGAUCCCAUCGGACCGGGUGACCCGCCAAGAGGAAACAUGGGAGGGAGACCGCCGAAUCCAUUUGGUGGGUUUGGAGGGAAUGAUUUUAUUUGA